AUGGUUUUAAAUAUUGGGAUGUGGGAGCAGACAUUUCAAGAACUGAUCCAAGAGGAGAAACCCUGGGUCCAUUGGACCCUGAAGUUGGAUGGGAAGCUUCAGCUAGAUUACCUGGCGAAGGGGUGGAAGCAGUACCAACAGAGAGCAUUUGGCUGGUUCCGGUGUUCCUCGUGCCAGCGAAGUUGGGCUUCUGCCCAAGUGCAGAUUCUGUGCCACAUGUAUUGCGAGCACUGUAUGUCCCAGGGCCAGGUGCGUAUGCGGCUGUUUGCUCAGAGGUGCCAGAAGUGUUCUCGGUCCCAAUAUGAGAUGCCUGAAUUCUUCCCGGAUAGCACAAUGAGGAUUCUGAACAAUCUUGUACAGCAUAUUCUGAAGACAUACCAUGGAGGUAGCAGGAGGAAGUUUAAGGAGAUGCCAGUGCUCCUGGAGGUGCCCUUGGAAGGGUCCCAUGACAUGGCCAAUUGUGAAGCAUGCGCUCUGGGCUACUGCAUGCAGGCAUUAGAAAGCUGUGUGACAAAACCAUCCAAAUCUCCACUCUUUUACUUGAAGAUUGGGAGAUCCUCGCCUCAAAUUGGUGAUGUGCUGUACGUCCAAAACCAAGCCAGGAACCAGUUAUCUGAGGCAAAGCAGGCUAAGUGGGAUGGGUCUGAGGGGUCAGGGACCUGCUGUUGCCAGGAUCCGUUGAUCUGUGUAUUUAUUUUGCUGUUUCUUUUUUUUAUUAUAGUCAAAUGCUUUUCAUUAGAAUGAUGAAAAUAAGUUUGCCGUCUUCCCUUGUCAUUACGUUUCAUGGUAAUCAAUGUAUUGGCUGUAAUUUUAAUAUGACAUAGAAUUUACUUUGAGACCAAGUGUGUCUCAAGUUUGUUGAAUAAGCACCGGUCUCUUAGAUAUCCUCUGAAAAUAGUCUAAAACAUGACCAAGCACAUAAUGGACCAAAUAAUAAAUAUUUG